AUGUCACACCUAAACCUCUACGGUCGAGGUCUUAGCCUUCGCAUUGCCAUCCUCAUCACCUGUCAGGUUUCAUUUACAGUCUAUGGCUACAAUCAAGGCGUCUUCUCGGGGAUCGUUGGCAAUGAAGACUUCCUCGAUAUAGUGCAUCACCCCGGCGCGGUAUUCGUGGGAUUCAUCGUAUCCAUCUACAACAUCGGAUGCAGUGCAGGGGCAAUCCUCGCCUUCCUAACGAGCGAUCGGCUCGGGUUCCGCUGGACAAUGUGGCAGUCGACGGCGUGGGUUUUGAUUGGAGCCGUCUUGCAAGCGAGCUCCUUCACCACCGCGCAGCUGCUCGUCGCCCGCUUUGUCACUGGCAUUGGGGUGGGCACCAUGACUACCGUCACGCCGGUUUACCAAUCUGAACUCUGCGAAGCGCGCAGGCGAGGAAUGUACGUUUGCAGCCAACCCUUAUGUGUGGGCGUCGGCAUCGUGCUUUCUUAUUGGUUUGACUACGGAAUGAGCUAUGUCGACGGACCCAUGAGCUGGCGACUUCCCAUCGCCUGCCAGGGGGUACUGGUUAUUUUUAUUGCCGGGAUGGUUGUGGGACUUCCUGAGAACCCGCGCUGGCUCUAUCGCAGGGGGAACGUUGCCCAGGGCUUUCAGGUCCUGUGUGACUUUUAUGAUUGUCUUCCGGAUGACCCCAAAGUUAUUAAGGAGUCGGAGGGCAUUCAGCGAGCCAUUGAGCUCGAUGCCUUACGGGGUGAAUACAAAUGGAGUCAGCUGUUCAAGAAAGAUGAGCUGCGGACCGGUCGACGCGUCUUACUGGCUUUUGGCUUGCAGUUCAUGAACCAGAUGUGUGGUGUCAACAUGAUAGUAUCCUACGUGACCUCCAUCUUCGAGACCAACAUCGGCCUCGACAAGAAAACCAGUCUCCUCAUGGGCGGCGUGAUCCAAUUCAUGUUCAGUCUUGGCGCAUUCUACCCAACCUUUUUCGUCGAUCGGCUCGGCCGUCGGAAACCCAUGCUCUGGGGCUCAUUCGGCCUCUUCCUCUGCAUGAUGAUGAUCUCCAUUCUUCUUUCCUUCCAAGGGACGGCCGUCGAGACAGAAACCGCUUCGGCGUCGGUGGCAUUCUUUUUCCUGUUCUUGCUAACAUUUGGUGCCUCGCUGAACUGCAUCCCUUGGGUGUAUGGCCCGGAGCUGCUGCCCCUGCAUGUUCGCGCUAAAGGAACAGCCAUUAGUAUCGCCGCCAACUGGCUAUGGAAUUUCUUCAUCUCAAUGAUCUCUCCCACCUUGAUCGAGGACUUGGCCUGGAAGGGGUAUCUGAUUUUCAUGUGUUUCAAUUUCCUCUUCAUUCCGACAAUCUAUUUUUUCUACCCCGAAACCGCCGGCCUAACACUCGAACAAAUCGACACCCUGUUCCUCACCAAACGCUCCGCCCUCCCACCGCCGGACGAAGAGCAUAUCCACUGCGACUGCGGCAUAGAACGACCCGACGAGAAAGACUCGGGCCCUGGGAGCGGAGAUGAUAAGAAAUGUCCUCGGCCUCGCGUGACGGAGGUAUCGGUUACGGACGAUGGAUCGGGGUCUUCUUAUUCGUCUUCUCCUACUUCUACGUCUAGAUCUGCGUCUGGGACCUCGCCGGUCGAGGAGGAUGUUAUUACCCCUGUUGACGGGGGUGGGACGAAGGAUAGGGGUAAGGAUAUGGAUAUCAGGCCUGCGGCGGAUGGUGCUGGUGGUGCCACCGGUGGUGAUGGGCCUGCUUCAUCUGGUAGGUUGGGCUAA